AUGCAGAGUCCCCUCACCCCGGAGCUCCAGAGGACCACAUCGGCUGGCUAUCGACUGCCCUCCGCCAGGCCGCCAGCCUCAGUUUCCCAGGCUGUGGCGGGCGGGGGUCGGGCGGGCGGCGGCCGGGCUCCGGGGGCCCCGCGGGAGGCCCUGGGGGUGCAGCAAGACCAGCUGUGGCGGGAGACGGUGGCGGCUGAGGGCCGCGCCCGGCAGCGCUGGACUGAGCACUGGGGGUUCCUGAAAGACUAUGACCCAAUGGGCAAUAAGAAGGAGCCGCCGAAGUUGCCCGAGUCCGUGUCUGUCUUCUCGGACACGGUUCCCAACUCCUCCAACCAGGUGGUGGGCAGCAGGGUGGACACGCCGCUGGGCAGGGCCCUCAGCCGCCUGGACGCCCUGCUCUUCUGGGAAGGGGCUCGCAGGAGGAAGGUGGAGGAGGAGCUGCAGCCGGUGUAA